GCGGCCGCAGCGGUUUGCUGCCCAGUGUCUUGGCCAGUUUGACAUCAUGGCGACCGCCCGCCCCUCUUCGUGCGGCCGCGACUCAGUCCCGGCGACACCCCGAGCCUCCAUCGAUGUGAGUCUCGUGGUGGUAGUCCAUGGUGGUGGAGCAAGCAACAUCUCACCCGGCCGGAAAGAACUGGUGAGCGAGGGCAUUGCCAAAGCUGCAACUGAGGGCUAUAACAUCCUCAAGGCUGGAGGGAGCGCAGUAGAUGCUGUGGAAGGAGCCGUGACUAUGCUGGAAAAUGACCCGGAGUUCAACGCAGGUUAUGGGUCUGUCCUGAAUGCAGAUGGUGAUAUUGAGAUGGAUGCUAGUAUCAUGGAUGGGAAGGACCUAUCUGCAGGAGCAGUGUCUGCCGUGCGCUGUAUCGCAAAUCCUGUUAAACUUGCACGGCUUGUUAUGGAAAAGACUCCUCAUUGCUUUCUGACGGGCCGUGGUGCAGAGAAAUUUGCAGCAGACAUGGGGAUUCCACAGACUCCUGCCGAAAAACUGAUAACGGAGAGAACCAAGAAGCACCUGGAGAAAGAGAAGCUUGAGAAGGGGGCGCAGAAAGCUGACUGCCCUAAAAACUCAGGAACUGUAGGUGCUGUUGCCUUGGACUGCAAAGGGAACUUGGCUUAUGCAACCUCUACUGGGGGGAUUGUCAAUAAAAUGGUUGGCCGAGUUGGAGACUCACCUUGUAUAGGAGCUGGAGGUUACGCAGAUAAUAACCUUGGAGCCGUUUCAACCACAGGACAUGGGGAAAGUAUUCUGAAGGUGAAUCUGGCCAGACUCGCCCUCUUCCAUGUAGAGCAAGGAAAGACCGUAGAUGAGGCUGCUACGUUGGCACUGGAUUAUAUGAAGUCAAAGCUCAAAGGCCUAGGUGGCCUCAUCUUGAUCAACAAGACGGGAGACUGGGUGGCAAAGUGGACCUCUGCCUCCAUGCCCUGGGCAGCGGUGAAGAACGGCAAGCUGCAGGCCGGCAUUGACCUUUGCGAAACCAAGACAAGGAACCUGCCCACUUGCUAGCCUGGAUGUGAAGUCAAGCUGCCUGCAGUGGAGACCUAACUUAAUCAAUUAGAUGUAGACAUGGAAAA